AUGCCCUCGCUGUGGAUAGCCACCACGACUUUAUGGAAGUCAUUCUCGGCCGAGUCACUAGGCGAAUCAGCGUCAAACGCUGCGGAGGUGCCACGGCUGCUUCCAGCUAGCGGGUUCAAAACCAUCGAGGCUAAUCAACAAGUUGAGGAGGGGGAGUUGCCCGAUUACCGAGUUGAUCGAUUCUAUCCAGUUCGACUGGGCGAGGUUUUCCAAGACCGCUACCAAGUAAUUGCAAAGCUCGGUUUUGGCUCUUCCUCAACUAUAUGGCUGGCUCGGGAUCUGAAGCAAGUAGAUCAUCAGUAUGUCGCACUGAAGGUGUAUGUGCAUACCUCAUUGGUCCACCGUGAACUUCCAUGUUACCAGCAUAUGGCCCGCCAUAUGGCGGAUAGUUUACAUCAAGGUCGAGGUAAUAUCCGGAGAUUUAUAGAGUCCUUUGAAGUCACCGGUCCAGAUGGCAAGCAUAUCAUCCUCGUCUUUGAGGCUGCCCAAAUGAGCUUGCGUGACAUGAAGGUGGUGUUCCGGCCAAAUGGGUUUGACGAAGACAGACUUCAUGUACACCAUGGCAACAUGCUCCUGGGAAUUUAUGAUAGCAACCUGUUGAGAAAGCUCGAGAAAAUGGAAUUCACAUCUCCGGUGCCUCGCAAGCCAGUUUCAUCUACUCGGACCAUCUAUCUUUCCCGUCUGAUGCUGCCCAAGGGAGGUCCAAUGUUGCUAUCUGACUUUGGAGAGGCCAGGAUCGGACCAGGACCACACGGUGGCGACAUAAUGCCUUUGGAGUACCGGGCUCCUGAAACAUUGCUUUAUGUAGGAUGGAGCUAUCCCGUCGAUAUUUGGAGUGUUGGGCUCACCGCCUGGGACCUUUUAAAUCCGAAGAGACUCUUCACAGCGCGUGACGAUGAUGGCGAUCUUUAUGAUGCUGCGCACCUUGCCCAGCUCAUUGCGGCGUUGGGGCCGCCUCCCCCUGAAUUUCUAGCCAAGAAUCCAGAGAGGAGAGCUGACUUUUGGGACGAGCAAGGGGAGUGGCUGGGCCUUGCACCCAUCCCGGACCACAGGACAAUGGAGGCUCUUGAGACCCAACUAGAGGAUAAGUCGGGCUUCCUCCAAUUCAUGCGAAGAGCUCUGACCUGGUUGCCUGAGAAGAGAGCAACGGCCAAGGAGCUUUUGCAAGACCCUUGGCUAACGGGCGAGAAAGCUUAUUAG